AUGGGACGGCACCGACGGCAGAGCGGCCACCUCCAAGGCACCUUUCGACCUCCAAGGAUUGAACCCAGUCAACGUCCCGGUCAAGUCGGGUUGUGCUUGACCCAGCCUCAGUACAAUCAGCUGUCGCGACCUGCGUUGUCGAUUCCCGCACCGCAGCCUCGUUGGCAGCCAGGGCAACCUCGCGACUAUAGCUUCGUUGUGGCCGGGUACCCCCACGCCCCGUCGACCACAGAUGCUCUCAGUCCCGUGAGCACUCGGUCCACGCUUUCUCGCCCAGGGGUCGCGAUCUCGACAAGUACAAGUGACACUGCAGCUUUAGAGCGAGCUCGAAAUUUCUCUCCAGAAGCUGGUGGCACGUCCAGCCCUACCAACAGCGUUUCGACAUACCAUCCUGCCCAUCUCGCCCAUCAUGCGAGUAACCAGCCCUUGAAUUCAGCAGUCUCAGCAUCGGGAUACUCGGUGGGAGCUGACAAUGAUAUGGAAGCGGCUGUCGCGGGCAUCGACCCUCGUGAGACCCCUGGCGACCUAUCGCAAUACACAUCGUCAAUCGGGCAACAAAGAUAUCCUUCCCAGUUUGAUCCAUGGACUGCCCAUCAACCGCGUCAGAACGCUCUGUAUGUCAAUAUGGAGACAGUCCCCCAAGUGCUUCGCGGCCAAGACCUCCGCCGCUUGUUUCCCAUACGUGAAAGAGGGGGCGGCGGCGGCAGAACGGGGCCUCUGAACCCAACUCAGAGACAAGAAACCCGUGAGGUGCGAAAACGGGGCGCCUGCCUCCGUUGCACUAUCAUGAAAGAAAAGUGCGAUUGUGGCAGCCCUUGUGCCAAUUGUUCCACCAAGGAACGGCGAAAGUGUCCAAAGGACUGCAUUCCUAGUCGCUAUGAUUGGGAUGGUUGUAAAGCCAGCUUGUUUCCUGAGGAAUUGACACUUCGCCUCCGGAGACAUAAUAUACGUUCUUAUUUUGAGAGCCUUCCUAUUCCUGUAUCCACUCAGGUCUUCCAAAUCCCUCUAGACCUGUACAUUGGAGUCCCUUUAUAUGUUCAUGUGAGGGAGUUCUCCCCUCUUGGCUCAACUUCAGACAUCGGGUACACAUUCCAGACAUCUCACGACUCAAACGGACAAAGGUUCUUUGGCAGACAACAGGACUGGAAUCCGCCGAUCGUCAUGUACAUCAAGGAUGGCGAAUUAGAUGCGACGAUUAAACAAAUUCGCCAAGAAUUGACCGAGAUCUUUGACAGGGUAUUGAACGACCCGGAACUGUACUUCAAUUGGACAACAGAAUACUUUGAGGACAAAGAAGAGGAUUUUCAGUCCAAAAUUCUUUGCCUCAUGGGAAGGUACUACAAGGUUAACUUACCGGAACAUGCUGAUCUCAAGAAUGCUCUGAGGCUUUUGUGGUAUGAAUAUCUCCUCCUGAACCAGUUCACUAUUCCAGCCGAUGCGGUGGCGACUCUCGAGACGAAUCUCACAUUCAGAGGACACCUUGAUAUUCCUCGGCAUCUAAAGAUCAUUCCCCACACAAUCAAUCGCUUUCUCAAGUUCGUCAUCCUCGUCAUGGCCGAGAAAGCUGCACAGGACCUUUUGAAAAGGCUCCACGACAGGAUGUUCAAGAUGGCCGUGACCCAGAAGGCGUCCCAAGAUAGCCGAGACCUAGUCCUGUGCAUGCUUUUUGCCCUGGUGAUCUUCCUCGGGCGCACCCAGCUUGCCCUGUCCAUGUGUCCUCACAUGCCGGGCCUCGGGGAGCAUUUGGAGCGUUCUCCGGAAGAAAUCCAGCAAAUGGUCAAGACGAUGGAAGAAAGGGUGUGCGACUACCUUCUGUCCUUCCACCGAUACGCUCUGGGCCGGGCAUCCUCGAAGACACAGGCGACGUCUGGCAAGCUCGAGUCCCCCAGCGAACGUCACGCCCGGGAAUUCGAUCUGGAGCACCAACUGUGGCAUGAGAUCGAGGACCACGUGGGCGAGAAACCCGACACGCUCGGGCUGGGUGACUACGACAUGGAGACGUUCCGUUCGUAG